GCCCCACAACAAACGACUCCCACCUUCGUUCCUUCCUUCACAUCCGCAGCUGCCCGUUAUCUGAACCCAUUCGACAAGUCUGAGAGACCCUUGGUCAAGGUCGCAAGAAUGUCGCAGGUAGAUGCUACGGACUACUCUAUCCGCUUCAAGUACGGCGUUCACACAAUCCUCCUCUUCGUCGACAGCCUGCAGUCCUUCUCCGCCAUCAACAAAUCUCUGCUCGAGGUGUUGCGCGAGCGCUUCCCGGACGGUCUCAAAAUCUCGCCGACAUUGACCGAUGUCACCCCCGUGCCAACGUCGGAUGACGUCCGAAUAGUGUACGGUCUACCGAACAAUGUCAACGACCUCAGUCAAGGAUGGAAGGUACUACGGAUUGACGACGAUGACAAGCCUGUUAGCAAAGGUUUGAAGGAUAAUAUCCCUGUAGCAUUUGCAUUCCUCGCCGACGGUGAGGAGCUUGAUGAUGCGCAAUUCCUCGUGGAUGUGCCUACCUUGGACGACGAGUACGAAGACGAGCUUGGGUCAGAUUCAUGAACAUUGGCUCGUGGCCAACACAUUUAAGAGGAUCACGAAUGAAGCUUCGUACGCCAAGGACUUGCCCGUGGGUUCUAAGUUCGCGACGCAUGUCCGGAAGUUCGUGAAGCAGCGCAUCAAAGCUUUCGGCCUGUAAGCAAAUCCCGAAGAGCACAGCAGACGCCAUGUCCUUGCACAUGAUGUACCA